CUCAAGAGUGCAUGUCUCUUUCUCUCUCUGUUUUGACAGUUGCAAAAGCUAUGUAACUGUUUGAUACUUUGAGUUUUGAGACGAUCGACCAAAACCCAAAACCCAAAAACAAAAGAUAAUGAAGUUCGGGAAGGAGUUUGAAUCCCAAAUGGUGCCAGAAUGGCAAGCCGCCUACAUGGAUUACAACCACCUCAAGACUCUCCUCAAAGAGAUCUUACGCUUCAAGCAAAGAACUAAGCCACCGCCGCUAACAACCCCAGUCGGCUUGAAACGGAAGAUGACCAUGUACAGAGCUUUCAGUGGCCUAACCCAGAAGCUCGCCAAGAGCCCCAGUGGCGCCGCCGGUGCCUUUGGAGACAUUGAAGAUCAAGUGAUACUGGUAAGAGCAAUGCAGAGUGAUGAUCAGGGCUUAUCUGAUGUUGUCAAAUACCAAUCAAACUUUCUUAUGUUGGCCGAGGAAGGUGGAGAGUACGAGCUGUUGUACUUCAGGAGGCUAGACGAUGAGCUCAACAAAGUAAACAAAUUCUACAGGGACAAGGUGGAUGAGGUCGUUAAAGAGGCCAACAAGUUGAAUAAGCAAAUGGACGCUUUGAUUUCGUUACGGCUUAAGAUCGAGAAUCCCAACAAAGUCUUCGAAAAUUUCGAUCAUCAAGCUGAGAUGACUCGCCUUGCUUCUGAUGUCGCUGCCUCCACAGACAAAUUGAAAGCCUCUACUCCUAGUGCAAGAACAACGAAAAGGUACAUGGACGUAAUAGAAGAAGUUGAACUGAGCAACAGAGGAGAUUUGGAUAACUCAGGUACAGAGUCGUCCACAGAUACAGAAGUCAAUGAACCCAAAACUACCAACUCUAGCGUUCAUGAAGAGAAGCCAGACAGUAUCAAGGGCUCCAAACCAACCCCUUUACAAAUCCUUAACAGGGUGAAGCUCAACAACACAUUUGAGACUCCCCGCUCCACCAUUAAAGGCAUUCUCAAGAUCCCCAUGCACAAAAAUCUGAACCUUACGGAUCUGAGGAAAGUUGAGGGACAACUGAAGCAGGCUUUCAUCCAAUUUUAUCAGAUGCUUCGAAUUCUUAAGAGCUACAGCUUUUUGAAUCUCUUGGCAUUCUCAAAGAUCAUGAAGAAAUAUGACAAGAUCACUUCAAGAAGGGCAGCAAGGGCUUACCUAAACAUGGUUGACAACUCUUACCUUGGAAGCUCUGAUGAGGUCACUAAGCUCAUGGAGAGAGUGGAAGCUACCUUCAUCAAGCACUUCUCAAACUCAAACCGACAUAAGGGCAUAAACAUCUUGAGACCACAAGCAAAGAGAGAAAGGCAUAGAAUAACAUUUUCCAUGGGCUUCUUUGCUGGUGCCACCACAGCUUUAAUUGUGGCCCUUAUUUUGAUUAUACGUGCAAGACGUAUCCUGAACAUGCCAGGGAGUACUCAGUACAUGGAAACAAUGUUUCCCCUCUACAGCUUGUUUGGAUUUGUUGUCCUACAUAUGGUCAUGUAUGGUAUGAAUAUAUACUUUUGGAGGCGCUACCGAGUCAAUUAUCCCUUCAUAUUUGGGUUCAAACAAGGAACUGAAUUGGGAUACCGAGAAGUCUUCCUCCUCAGCUCAGGUCUUGCAGUGCUUGCACUUAUCAGUGUGCUGUCAAACCUAGACAUGCAGAUGGAUCCGAAAACAAAUUCCUACAAGGCGUUCACUGAACUACUCCCUCUGGGAUUAGUUUUUCUAGUACUUGCCAUAACACUUUGCCCAUUUCACAUUAUAUACCAUUCAAGUCGCUUCUUCCUACUCCGAUCUGCUUUCCACUGUAUCAGUGCCCCUCUCUACAAGGUUACUCUUCCGGAUUUUUUCCUAGCAGACCAGUUAACUAGUCAGGUCCAAGCCAUUAGAAGUCUGGAGUUCUACAUCUGCUAUUAUGGUUGGGGAGACUACAAACGCAGAAAAAACACUUGCAAUGGAAAUGAUGUCUAUAAUACUUUCUUUUAUAUAAUUGCCGUAAUUCCUUAUUGGUCCCGCUUCCUUCAGUGCCUCCGACGAUUGUAUGAAGAGAAAGACCCAAUGCAAGGAUACAAUGGGCUGAAAUACUUCUCGACCAUAUUGGCUGUUGUUAUGAGGACUGCUUACAGUAUGAGUAAGGCAACACAUUGGCAGGUGUUAGCUGCCAUCACAUCAGCCAUUGCAGCAAUUGUGAGCACCUAUUGGGACCUUGUUAUUGACUGGGGGCUUCUACAACGUAAAUCAAAGAACCGAUGGUUGAGAGACAAGCUUCUUAUCUCUCACAAAAGCGUAUAUUUUGGAGUCAUGAUCUUGAAUGUUCUACUCAGAUUUGCCUGGCUCCAAACUGUUCUGAACUUUCAAGUAUCUUUCCUACAUAGACAAGCCUUGAUAUUUAUAGUUGCAAGCCUAGAGAUUAUUCGUCGUGGCAUUUGGAAUUUCUUCAGGUUGGAGAAUGAACACCUGAACAAUGUUGGGAAAUAUCGUGCAUUCAAGUCAGUACCUCUCCCAUUUAAUUGUGAUUAUGAUGAAGACAAAGCCGAAUAAGGAUCAACUACAAUUCACAAAGACAAAAGAGCAUGCCAAAUCAAUCAAUACCUGCAGAAGAAUAAGAUCAAAGCAGCUCUGGGAACUUAAUAGGAACCAACAGGACAAGUCAACUAUGACAUGAUAAAGGAUGGCCUGAUUAACAACUAAGAUGUGGUAAGACAGGCAACAACAAAGCCAGAACAGUGGAACUGACUCUGUGGCAACA